UACAAGUAGAAGAACUCCAUGAGGGUGAAGUGAAGUUAUCCUAGAGAAAAAUUUCAUUGCAUGGAUUGUAUAAACUCAUUGGGACUGAAUUAAAGCUGGAAAGGACUCUACAAGUGAAUAAAACAAGAAGUUUGGAAUUGGAUUUGGGGAAUCUGGGCUUGGAGAUGCCUCAGCCCAGUGUGAGUGGAAUGGACCCUCCUUUUGGGGACGCCUUUCGGAGCCAUGUGUUUUCAGAGCAGACUCUGAUGAGCACAGAUCUCUUGGCAAGCAGUUCAGAUCCAGACUUCAUGUAUGAACUGGACAGAGAAAUGGACUAUCAGCAAAGCUCCAGAGACAACUUACUUUCCAUGGAGGACUGCAAAGAUCUAGAGAGUUUUGAGUCUUUUACGGACAUCCUGGACAAAGAAGCUGCUCUCACCUCAAAGUGGGAGCAGUGGGAUAUGUACUGUGAAGACUUAACUAAGUACACUAAACUAACCAGUUGUGAUAUCUGGGGAACAAAAGAGGUGGAUUAUCUGGGCCUUGAUGACUUUUCAAGCCCAUACCAAGAUGAAGAAGUGAUAAGCAAAACGCCAACUCUGGCUCAGCUUAACAGCGAGGACUCCCAGCCUGUUUCAGAUUCGCUUUAUUACCCUGAUUCCCUCUUUAGUGUAAAGCAAAACCCUUUAAAUUCUCUGCUACCUGGCAAAAAAAUUGCAAGCAGAGCAGCAGCCCCAGUCUGUUCCUCCAAGAACGUUCAGGCUGAGGCACCUUUGUCGGACUAUGUUCAAAAGGCAAGCAAACCUGCAGCUCAGCCUGCUUCCAGCACACAAAUCAUGGUGAAGACCAAUAUGUACAGUAACGAGAAGGUGAACGUUCAUGUUGAAUGUAAAGACUAUGUUAAAAAGGCAAAAGUAAAGAUCAAUCCUUUACCACAGAGCAGACCACUGCUGAGCCAGUCACAUGCAGAUGCAGCAAAGGAAAACACCUGCUAUUGUGGUGCUGUAGCAAAGAGACAAGAAAGAAAAGGAGUAGAGUCCCCACAUAGUCACAGUACUCCUGCUUUGCCUUUUAAAGAGACUCAAGAGCUGCUCAUCAGUCCACCCCAGGAGACCCCAGGGCUUAUUGUAGGAGAGAGCAGUCUUUCUGCCAGCACAUCAGUGUUGGAUUCUUCGCAGAAGAAAGAAGAGCACAACUAUUCUCUUUUUGUCACAGACAGUUUGGGUGAGCAGUCAGCCAAAGGAGACCCUGAAGAAGAUGAGGAUGAUGAGGAAGAUAUUGAAGAUGAGGACCACGAUGAAGGAUUUGGUAGUGAACAUGAGCUGUCUGAAAACGAUGAUGAGGAAGAAGAUUAUGAAGAUGAUAAGGAUGAUGAUAUCAGCGACACUUUCUCAGAACCAGGAUAUGAAAAUGAUUCUGUGGAGGAUUUAAAAGAAAUGACGGCCAUAUCCUGUCGGAAAAGAGGCAAACGAAGAUACUUUUGGGAGUACAGCGAGCAACUAACACCGUUGCAACAAGAAAGAAUGCUGAGGCCGUCUGAGUGGAGUCGAGACACGUUGCCAAGUAACAUGUAUCAGAAGAAUGGUCUCCAUCACGGAAAAUAUGCAGCAAAGAAGUCACGGAGGACUGAUGUAGAAGACCUGACUCCCAACCCCAAAAAACUUCUACAGAUUGGUAAUGAACUGAGGAAACUGAAUAAGGUGAUCAGUGACCUGACACCAGUCAGUGAACUUCCUUUAACUGCCAGACCGAGGUCAAGAAAAGAAAAGAACAAACUGGCUUCCAGGGCUUGUAGACUAAAGAAGAAAGCCCAGUAUGAAGCUAACAAAGUAAAACUCUGGGGUCUCAACACAGAAUAUGAUAACUUACUGUUUGUGAUCAACUCUAUUAAGCAAGAAAUUGUUAAUCGAGUGCAGAUUCCUAAAGAUGACAGAGGAGUCAACAUGGAACAAAAAUUGAAUGUGCUUAUUAAAGAUACUCUUGGACUACCUGUAGCUGGACAGACAUCAGAAUUUGUGAACCAAGUUUUAGAGAAGACUGCAGAAGGAGACCCCACUGGUGGCCUUGUAGGGCUACGAAUACCAGUGUCAAAAGUUUAAGACAUCGCUUCGCCCGUUCUCAUCGGUCAGAUUCUACCUGUAUUGUCAAGUACUUCAUUGUAAAUUGCAUUCUGGUCUGCAUGUCAGUUUAGCAUUACAUAAACACUCACAAUUAGGUUCCAUUGUUUUAAAUAACAAUGUAGUAAAAUAAAUCAAAGCAUGAUAUAAAAUGCUUAAUAGCAUUUUUGGAGCAUAAACCAGAUAGUUUCAAAGCUGCUUUAGGCUUAACUGCAGAUAUUAGGGUUCUUUUUAAAAUUAAGUUAUCUAGGACCAGACUAUAUCAUUUUCGUUUUGGAAGCAAAAACAAGUUUUUGCUAGUGAAAGUUUUUAGCGUAUGCCAGACGUUGUGGCAGGUUUAUGCUCCAACUAAAAUAAGAGGAAGCUUUUUUUUUUUUUUUUGGUAAAAGCUUUUUUUUUUUUUUUAGAAUUAUUGAAUUUUCUUUAUUCUUCUAAAAAAAAAAAAAACAAUAAACAGCAAACUUUCUUUGCAACCAUUAACUUGUACAUAGCACACGUGGCAUUAGAGCUGGUGUGCCAUAUAAGACUUUAAUUUUCUGAGCUUAAUAUAGUAUUUAAAUGUCUGUGCAAGUAAGAGAAAAAAGUAUAUUCUUUGUGCCUUGUAUUUUGGGGGGAGAGCUAUCAGUAUAAGCUGGUAAAGUUUUUGUAUGAAGAAAACCCUGAGGGAAAAACAAGAUGUAUAGAUGGUAAGAUUAUAGGUUUUAAUGUAUUUGUUCCAGCUCUUAAAAAUUUUGAAUGUAUAUAGGAAUAUGUUGAAAAUGUAGAUAUAUGCCACAGAGUCUAUGUAUUGUAUAAAAGAUGGCUCUAGAAAACUUAAUUUCGGUACUUUGGCCGGAAGAAAACAAAUACUUGCACAUUAAUGCGAUUGUUUAUUUUUGUACCAAAGACAAAUGCAACUGAUAUGGCGAACUGCCAGUCUAAGUAAAGUUUUGCACAGCUUAUAUGAUACUGUACUGAAUGUAAAAACAAAAGAAAAAAGAAAAAAAAUUAAAGGUCAGGGUUAGGGAUCUUACUGAACUGUGAAUUUUUUUGCUUGGGUCCAAUUAUCUACAGAAGGAGCAUUCAUACAUAACAAUAUUAUUUUGCUGUUCUUGUAGUUCGCUUCCAUGGUAGAUAAGUUGGUGGCCGUCUCGGAGUCUUUAAAUCUUUUUUCUCUGCACUUACUGUAGGAGAUUUUAAUAUAUUUGGAUUUUAGUAAGCUAUUGGUAAAAUAGUUUUCAACUUUGAGAAUUUAAAAAAAUAUUUAGCUUGUUGUAGUAUACUUCCACCAAACAACCAAAAUAAAAUUAUUUUUAUUGUAAUGUGUAUAUAUGUAAAGAGAAAAAAGAGCUACAGAUAUCUAAUUCCUUAGUUGCCACUUUUCCAGUUGAUGUAUUAUUAUGCAUGUGAUGUUUCCAAGGAUCAACACAGGCUUAAAACAAAAAAAAAAAAUUUAUAGACUUUUAUAUUUUUGUACAGGUAUUUCGAAACUAGCUUCUUCGAACUUAUAUGUGACUUAUUCUUGUUAAUUCAGUAGUUUCUAUGAUUGGGGUAUAUUAACACACAGUUCUUAUUUGCUCUUCUGCUAAUAAGAGUUGGCUUUGUAGUCAGUGUUAAAGUACAGAUUAAAAGCUUUAGCCCUUGAUGAGAAAGUCCUUUAUCUCAAGGCAAGAUCAUUCUCUGGUUUCAUGGACCCCCCUUUUCCUCCCUGUUUUUUCUCUCCCUAUUUAAAAUGACAAAACACUGUUUACUGAAAAUAGAAAUACCAAAUACUUUCAAAUGUAGCUGCUGAAAAAAAAUGCAAAAGUCCAUGAAGGCUUUCUCCCCGCUCCCUUUGGGGAAUUUCUCCAUUUCUCGUUUGUCUAAGUUUGUACUGUGAUUCCUUUUUGUUUAUAUGUAGAUUAUUUUUAUAUCCAAGCUUGUACUAUUAAAAAAAAAAAAAGUCUGAAUCGGUAAUAGUGCAGUAAGAGUGACAGAUGAAGGUGGCAGUCCCGCCACCUACUUGCGAGUGUGCACACAGCUUACUUUGCGUCUAAAUAUUCUGGAAGACUCAAAAGGGAGGAGGAGGCCAAAAUACCACUACUGAGCUGUACAGAAAGCUUUUCCUUCAAGAGACUGAACAAAUACCCAGGGCAAUUUAGGCAAAACUUUGAAAAUCCACUUAAGACGUGCAAAAUCUGAGUGGAGUUUGGGUGUUUUUGUUUCAGGUGUUUUUGUUGUUGUUCUUGGAGUGAGGUGAAAGUGAGAGUUGGCUGCUUCUUUACACAGUGGGUCAGAUGUAUUCCUAUUGUAAGCAUUGCUGAUGUUGCAGUUAUUCCAGAGAUGCAUAUGGCCCAUAAAACCUCGACAAAGAAUGUCUCUUGUGAAGUUAAGGCCGUGUCUAUACCGAGAUUUGAAUGCUGUGGUUCCUCUCUCGUGAAUGGUGUUCGCACGCUGCUCAGAUGAGAGAGGUCCUCAUGCUGUUUCAAAACUGGGUAGACAAGGCAGCUUUUCUAAAUAUUAUGAAAGCAGUUUUGCAAUCAGGUAAAAACUUUUGUGACAAAUUAAACUGACAAGGUAUUAAAAAGCCCCUUUUUGCUGCUCGGGAAUACUGAGCGAGUAUAACUAUAUAGCUUUUUAUUUUUGUCUGAAAACCAGAAUAUGAUUUUGGUCGAGCAUUUCAAAGUAGACUUUGAACCUUUAGUGAAUUCCAUACCCUUGCAUUUCAGUGUUUUCUAUGUAUUAUUUUAAGUUAAAGCUUUUAAAUAGUUGAGCUUUUUAAUGUUGACACUUUAUUUUGUACCUAUUUAUAUGUAUGUAUAUCUUAGAAAAGCACUUUGUUUAAAAAGAAAAAAAAAAGAAACUGCGUUUUAUAUGAUUCUUGCCACUUGCUGCUAACUCUGGGCUGGUCAGAAUGCUGCAGCGAUACUUGAUAUAAAUAAAACCUGGCAGUAAAAUGUAGAGUAAAGAUAAGACCUUUUGCUGGUUUAACUUUAUCAUAAAGGUGACAUAGGCAAGCUGUGCAGCUUUACAUUUUAACCAGGGGACUCUGUGGCAUUUAAACCGUCUAGAAAUGGUUGUACUUUAAUGCCAGUAACAAUCUGCUUCCUCUAGUGUCAUUAAAAUAUAUACAUUUAGUGUAUACUUAUCACAAACAAAAAUCUUUAUAAGGGUAUAAAAAACAGCAAAUGUACAUGUUCUGUUUUUUGGCAAUUGUGGCAUGCAUUUUUGGAUGAUCUUUAGAGAAGACCAUUUUCUAAAGAUUUUCGGUGUUCAUACAUGGUAUGUGGAUCUUAAUGAAGUCCUGGAUUUUUUGUUUGUUUUUGAGUGUAGGCAUUGUGAGUAUUCACUUUUAAUCCUGUAUCCAAAAACAAUUAUACAUUUUUGAUUUAAUACAAGCAAAAGCUCUUCCUUUAUCUGAUACACUGGAUUCUCUAGAAUUUGUUUCCAUAUUAAAAGCAUGCUGUCAUAACUGCUCUUGUUGAGAUCUCGUCAGUCUGAACUUAGGUGCCACACUUUUUGAAUUGAUGGACUGCUUGUUCUACUGUACCAUGUAUGAUUCUUGUCCUUUCCUACUUCCUUCAUGACAGAUUAUGAUGUGGCUUUAUAUUGUGCCUUACUUGUACGUCUAGAACUAAAUGUUUUUCAUUCCCCCGGAACUCUUCAAGCCUAACCCUUCUGAAAGCGAAUCAGAACUGAUAAAAGUGUCCUGAAGAAAGUUUGGAUAGAUCUGAUUUCAUUUCCUCUCAAUAGUAGCCACUUUGUAUUUAUAUGGAAGACCAGUUUUUGAAUGGUCUUGCAAAAUUUGGGGGUCCUCAGGGGGGGGGGGGGGUGUUUUUACGCCCUAAACCCCCUUUGCUAACGCUUUCACUUCCAUGAUUUAUUGAACACGCUUACGGAUAUUUGUUGAGUACUUUCUUUGGAUGAGAGGGAAUUAGUUACAACUAAAGCUAUGUUUAGGUGUGGAUGGGCUGGAUUUUCUUAUCAUACCAGUUUAAAUCAUUGUGAUUUAAUGAAGUUGCAUUGCUGUAAAGCUGAUGCGAGAGUCGGGCUCAGAUGUGUUCAUUUCCUAAUUCUUAUGUAUAGCAGACUUUUUCCGUACUGAGAGAAGUGGGCCAGGAAAAAGUUUUUAACAAAACAUAAAACGGAUGAAGGGUUGUUUUAACUAACGUAAAAGGAAGCAGAUGCUUCUGAAAUACCGUGGUGUCAGUUUGGAUUUUGUUUGAAAAACAAGACACCCCCCCAACCCAAACAAUUUUCUGAUAUUUGCCUUCAUUAAUAAAACAGCUUAUUCACAAAAUGUAAAGAAUGGAUGUGCUUUUCUUUUCCGUACAUCAUUUAAACAUAGCUAUUUUUUUAAAGCUGUAAAAGGCUUUAUCAGGAGAAUUUCAAAGGGUUGUUUCAAAGUUGCCUUCAGCAGAAAUAGCAGAUGCAAUUCUGUUCCUCAAACUUGCUUGCUAGUCUUCCUGAAAUUCUGUUGAGGCAUAACCCAAUUAUGUAACACGAAUGUUAGGAUCUGUAUUUGGCCUUGCGACCUGAAUUUCAAGAACGCACCUAAUCAUGAUUUUUAUUUUACUUUCAAGUUAGAGGCUUCAGUUGGAAUCAUCUAGUGAGGUGUGCUGCUAGAUGUGGUCUUGGCUUAUUGACACAGCCUUGCACAGAGCUGAAGUUUAUUUGUUUACCCCAGGGAUCGUGUGAAGUACAUUUCAAACAGUUACUGUUUCAGUGACUGAUUCUUCUUGUAACUGUAUUAAGGGCAUUAGUAUGUUGAGAAAACAGCACUCUUGAAUAUCUCCCAAUAUAAAUUGGGAUUCUUAAAUGUCGUUAAUGAAAGAUGGCAAUACUAGGUUAUAUCUUCUUCACAGCAUACAAAAUGUCUAUAUCUUUCUCUGAUUUACAUUUCACAAUAUGCCAUGUUUUUCUCCCCCAAUGCUUCUAGCAUGGUAAGGAGGUGUGUGUGCGCACUGAAUUUAUAAUCCUCAGCCUUUCAGACAUUCAUGAACUUCCACAAGAGCAAAUCCUGACUAUGCAUUUAUUGUCUUUCUAAUGAGCAGUGGAGCUAAAAGUGAAGCGAGAGCUAUUUUAAAACACAGUUUUUUCAUGUCAAUAAAAAAAAAAAAAUCCAAGCUCUUUAGAUAACAUCAGUGUUAGGGGGUUUUCUUCAUUUAAGAAUAUUUGAUGUUUAGGUACCUGAAUUAACCCCAAUUUGGGUUAAGUCAACUGGCUCAAGUAAGAAAAACUUCUGGAUUGGAUUUAGGACUGACAAAAGCACCCUCCAGCCUAACAAAAUCUUCUGCUUAAAAAACAGAAUCUAGUUUGAAUCACCUAUCCUAGAAUAGUAUUUCAUCUAAGUAAAACUUCUCAUUGCUCAGUAUUUGUGGUUGAGUGAACUCUUAAGGCUGAUGGCACACGCAGACAUAGGUGGUUGAAAGGCAAGGGGAAAAAAAGCAUUUUAAAGAAAACAUGGUAUCCUGCUCUGCCUAUGCUUGGGGUCAUGACUGUAAUGCUGUCCUUGACAUUCUGUAAUCAACUUCCAACUGGAGCUCAGAAAAACUUAUUGAAAGUCUUGUCUCUGUUAGAAAAUAAAUUUACCUUGUUAAAAGCAUGAUCUGUUAAGAGUUACAAUGUUUAAUGUUGGUUAAUAGUUGUGCAGUUUUUCUUUUCUUUUUCUGUCCCUGAAAAGAGGCACAAUUAAACUAUUGACUUUGUUUACUCUGUCACCCUUGAUCCCUAGCACUUCUAUUCAGAUACAAAUUCAUCAAUGUAUGCAACAUCCUUUGUAAUUUAAAAUAAAAAUUGUGGAGGAAAAAUGGU